AUGGCGGACAGCGAAAACGAACUCGACGAAACCGUUCGAGAACUUUCUGCAGCCGCUAACCAACAAAGUGCCGCUAGUGUAACGGCACAGUUAGCUGCAAUGAUGCGGGAAAUCCAAAACCUUAAAACAGCANCAAUGAUGCGGGAAAUCCAAAACCUUAAAAGAGCAUUGGCGCAACAACAGCAAGCGGUAGCGGCAUCGGCGGACUCGAACAGCGAAGGCGAUGAAGCGGUAGGCAAUACAUUGGUAGCUGCGGUCAGUGAGCUGAAUCGCGCAUUAUCACAUGUGCCGACACAACCUGUGAUCAGGUUAUGCGACCUUCCCGAGUUCGAUGGUCGACCGGAAGACUGGCCUAUGUUUAGGGAAGCGUUUACUGCUACGACGGAAGAGUACCACUACACCGAGCGCCAGAAUAUGUUAAGGUUGCAGAAGGCAUUGGAGGGUAAGGCGCGGGAGACAGUCGAAUGUCUGCUCAUACACAGCGCGAAUGUUACUCGGGUUCUAGACUCGCUUAAGGAACGAUUCGGCAGACCAGAGUUGCUAAUCAAAAGCCAAAAUACGCGUACACGUAACGUUCCAAACAUUCCGGAAAACAAAAUCGACCAAAUUAUUUCGUUCGCAACAAAAGUACAAAACCUAGCGUCAUUUCUAAACGCCGCCGACUGUGACCACCACCUUAGCAAUCCUAUUUUAAUGGAGGAGCUCGUAUCGAAGCUACCCGUACAGCGCAAGUUAGCAUGGGUGCGGUAUUCCUUGGGCAUACAACCAAGACCAACGGUUAUAUACCUUAGCGAGUGGCUUCAAGAAGAGGCGAGAGUAAUCAGAACGGUUUGUACCACCAUGGGUGACACGGAGCGGCAGUCGGAAGCGAAAGCGGAAAGACGUCAGAGAUUUUUCCACACUACAGAGUCACGAUAAUUACACAAGGGCGAGAGCAAGAUGUGCUUCGGUCACCAUGACCUCUAGCGAUGCAGCCAGUUCUUAGGUCUUCCGUACAAGCAGAGGUGGCGCUUCGUACGUGAAAAGGGCCUUUGUUUUAAUUGCUUGAGUCUGGGCACAGAGGCACAACAUGUAGGCGCAAACACGAUUGCGCGAACGUUAGGUGUGUCAAAAAAUGGCACGCACUUCUACACGAGCCUCGGCCCCAAAGAGAAGAAAGCUACCAGCAGACCGAGCAAAGGCCGCGUAUACUUACCAAUGCCGAGGUGUCACCUGGGGGUCAACUUCUAUUGUUUAAAAUACUUCAAGUUAAACUGUUUGCUAAUGGUAAGAGUGUAAACAGUUAUGCACUCCUCGACG